AUGUCCAAAAUUAUUGUAUUAGAUAUUGAGGCAGUGGCUUUGCACUAUUAUACAGUAUACAAUGUUUUAUGCUCCACAGGAAAAGUCAGAAGAAAUGACAUUGUUUUUGAGAAUGAGGCUGCAGUUGAUAUUCAACCAGAACCAAGAAGCUCAAGUUUGCCAAAGACGGUUACUUUUCAUAGAGAGCAUCAGGAGGAGGAUGUGGAAAACAAAGGCAGUAGAAACCAUAACGAAGUAACGGUGGAGAUUCACCCACAGAAAAAUACACAGAGGUUGCCUGCAAGACUUUCCUUUGGUAAAGGAAAAGAAGUCAGAAAGAAUGACAUUGUGUAUGAGAACAAGGGGUUUGUUGAUGCUGACAAUAAAACUAGUCAGAAAACUGAAUUUGCUUACCCGUGGGACAAGUCCAGCCUCAAGUCAAUGCACAUAGAUUUGGGUAAACUGAAAAGCCUUGACACAUAUUCAAGUAAGGUGAGACACCGGGACACUGUGGAGGCCCUGGUGCAGGAGCUGAUGAAAGGAAUUAGUGGUGACCUAGAGAAACUGAGAGCUAUCUGGAUGUGGGUCACGCACCACAUCGAGUACGAUGUGGAAGGACUGCGUGUUCCCAGCCUCAGAAGGAGCGGCGCUGCUGAUGUAUUAAGGUCAGGGAAGGCGGUGUGUGCAGGCUAUGCUGGCCUGUUUCAGGAAAUGUGCAGAGUUGCAGGCAUUGAGUGUGAGACGGUGUCUGGGUACUCCAAGGGUGCGGGAUACAAGCUGGGUAAACGCUUCAACGGAGACACGAACCACGCAUGGAACGCCGUCCGACUGGGAGGGAGGUGGCACCUGCUGGACAGUACCUGGGGAGCUGGGAACUGCAGUGAAAAAUUCAGAUUUGAUUACAAUGAGUUCUACUUCUUGACUCAUCCUGCGCUCUUUGUGGGAGAUCACUUCCCAGAAGAUGCCAAAUGGCAGCUGCUGACACCUCGGGUUUCCCUAAAGCAGUACGAGAACAUGGACCAUAAGAAGAGCUCAUUUUAUAAUUUAGGCCUCCUUUCUUCACACCCAGAACAAUGUCUUAUACAAUCAGAUGGAAAGACAACAAUCACAGUUCAGAGUUCAUCACCUGUUCUCUUCUCACACAAUUUGAAUGGGAAAAAGAACUGCGGGAUAAUGACACUCAGGCCAUAUGGAAUGAAUCUGGAUGUCUACCCCGAAAGCACUGGACUGCACACCCUAGAAAUCUUUGCGAAGGCAGGCGACUCUGGAGAAAAGGAGUCGUACACCCUGGUGUGUAGAUACCAGCUGCAGUGCAGGGCCGUCUCCAGGGAGAUGAGGCCCCCGGCGGAUCUGGUUAACCCCGUGGGACCCAGCUGGCUGUCGGAGAGGAAGGGGCUCCGCGAGGCCUCGCAGCCGGAUCCCGUGGUCCACUCCGCGGACGGCCGCUGCUCGUUCAGCUUCCGCACGGCGGCCCGCCUCGACCUCAUGGGCAAGCUGUCCGCCGCCGCCUUCUCCAUGACAGACGACCAGCAGAGGAGGCACGUCUUCCUGUCCAAGCGAGGCGAUUGGACGGACUUCAAAGUGCAGGUCCCGAGGGCGGGGCUGUACGUGUUCUCCGUGUACGCCAAGGACAAGGCGGAGACGGGGGGUUACGGCCGUGCCUGCAGUUACAUCAUUUCCUGCACCGACCCUCAAGGAUGAUGCUCGUACCCUCU